AUGCAUACCGCCCUGCCACACCGCGGCAGCGAGGCCCCGCCGCCCGCGUUCUUUGCCAUUACGAACCGGCGGACAGGCGAGGUGAUGCUCGAGCUGACGUCCUCGUCCUGUGCGCAGCCGGCGGCACCGGUCGCGGGCGAGGAAUCGGCCCCAAAUGAUUGUUGUCUCUUUAGCGACGCAUUUGCUUUUCUCGUGGCGGCGCAGGCGAAGAGCUACGAGCUCUUCGGUCGCAACAUGGCGAGGGAAUCCAACACGCGGCCUUCCGCUGCCGCUCGCGGUGAAGACGAGCAGGGCGGUGACCCAAUGGGGGCAUACGACGUGCCAGGCGGCAGCUGCUUGGACUCCGCCGAGUGGGAGGGGGACGGCGCGGGGACGAACGACGAUGGGCACGAGGACGAGGGCGGCGGCGGGCCCGACUCGACGCGCCCACCCUCAAAGAGGCAUCGAGAGUGA